GCGCUGUGCGGCGCACGUGUGGGUCGCGCGGCUGGACGGACGCCGGGAGGUCCGGAGCAGGACCCCGAGAUGGACCCAGUGGUCUUUGAGGAUGUGGCUGUGAACUUCACCCCAGAAGAGUGGGCUUUGCUGGAUCGUGGUCAGAGGCGGCUCUACAGGGAUGUGAUGCUGGAGACCUGCAGGAACCUGGCCUCCCUGGUUGAUACAAGUCAGGAUAAAAGGGGUGCAUCAAGGACUCAGCGGAAUGUUCUGCAGAAUGAGCUCCCCAGUGAAGGCAAGACCGUCUUACUUGCAAGAAAUGAUUCGUGCUCUGUUUUUGGAGCAAACUGGAAAUUUCCUAACGGUGGAGAUCAAACCCAAACCCAGGAAAGGCGUUUGAGAAGUCGUUUGGUGGAGCGGGUCUGUGAAAGCAGAGAAGAUAAUCGAUGUGGAGAAACCAGAAGGCAGAUGACAAGUCUUACCGUGCGUGCGGAUCGUCCUACUGGAGACAAGUCCUGUCAGUGCGCCAAGAGUAGAGAAGCCUUCACAGAUGGUUCUUUCCCUGAGAAUCCACAAAGAUCCCGCCCUGGACACAAACCUAGUCCUUGUGAGGAAUGUGGGCCGGCCUGCAGCUGUGUCUCGAGCCCCAGCCCUCACGUGGAUACAGGCCUUGUAGAGAAACCUUAUGAACCUCAGGACACUGGGGGAGCUUCGAAGAGAGACUUGAAGAGUCACGGUAGUAAAAAAUCUUUAGAGUGCAAGAAAUGUGGAAAAACUUUCACUUGCAUGUCAUCCUUUCAGGGUCACGUGAAGGAUCACUGUGGACAGAGAGUCCAUGCGUGUGAGGUGUGUGGGAAAGCCUUCAUGUAUCAAUCCUACCUUACACGUCACGUGAGAACUCACACUGGGGAGAGACCCUAUGAAUGUGUGGAGUGUGGAGAAGCCUUUGGGUCUGUUUCAAGUCUACAAAGACAUGUGAGGACACACACUCGGGAAAAACCCUGUAAAUGUCAGCAAUGUGGGAAAGCCUUUCCUGGUGACUACUCCCUUGAAGCACACAUGAUAAGACACGAAAAGGACAGAACCUUGGAAUGUAAGGAGUGCGGGCAAAGUUUCAGGAAGCAUCUCCCUUUUGAACGUCACAUGACCACUCACAAUGUCAUGAAACCCUAUGAGUGUAAGGAGUGUGGCAGACUCUUCAGAUAUCACACAGCCCUUGGAGACCAUAUGAGGACACAUACUGGGGAUAGACCCUACAGAUGUAAGGAGUGUGGGAAAACUUUCCGGAAGUCUGAACAUUUUAAACGUCACAUGACCACCCACAGUACUGUGAAACCCUAUGAAUGUAACCGGUGUGGCAGAUCAUUCCGGGAUCACACAAACCUGCGCAUUCAUAUGAGGACGCAUACUGGGGAAAGACCCUAUGAAUGUCAGCAGUGUGGGAAGACCUUCAGAUAUCUUGGAAAUCUGCGGGAACAUACGACAACUCACACGGGGGAGAGACCGUAUGAAUGUCAGCAGUGUGGGAAGACCUUCAGGUAUAACUCAUGCCUGAGAGAACACAUGUGGAAGCACACUGGAGAGAGACCCUAUAAGUGUCAGCACUGUGGAAAAGCCUUCAUUCGUCACCACACCCUUGUAGUACAUACUGUGAGAAGGCACACCAAGGGUGGACACUUGGAAUGUAAGGUGUGUGGUGAAACUUUCAGAAAGCAUCGACCUUUCGAACGUCACAUGGCCACACACGGUAUCCUGAAACCCUAUGAAUGUAAGGAGUGUGGAAGAGCCUUCAGGUGCCACAGAGACCUACAGGUACAUACGAGGAUACACACUGGGGAAAGACCCUUCAAAUGUGAGCUCUGUGGAAAAGCCUUUAAGUCUCCUGCAAACCUUCGAGGACAUACAAGGACACACACUGGUGAAAGGCCCUGCAAGUGUCAGCAGUGUGGGAAAAUCUUCUCGACUCCUGGACGCCUGCAAGUACAUAUGAGGACACACACUGGGGAAAGACCUUGUAAAUGUGAGCAGUGUGGGAAAGCCUUCACCUCUCCUGGAAACCUACGAGCUCAUAUGAGGACACACAGUGGGGAAAGACCCUGUAAAUGCCAGCAGUGUGGGAAAGCCUUCACCCGUGCUGCGUCCUUGCAGGUACAUAUGAGGAUACACACUAGGAAGAGACCGUAUGAAUGUUACCACUGUGGCAAAGCCUUCAGGAGUCCAUCGCACCUGGAAGCACACACACGGACACACACUGGGGAGAGACCUUUUAAGUGUACAGAGUGUGGGAAAGCUUUCAGUCAGCCUCAGUGUUUUCAAGAUCAUUUGAAAACGCACAACACAGUUAAAUCCUAUGAAUGCAAGGAGUGUGGGAAAGCAUACAAGUUUCCCUCAUCCCUUCGAGGGCAUAUGAAGAAACACAGUGGGGAGAGAACUUCACCGGUCACUACUCCCUUCAGGAACACGUGAGGAAUCACAGUGGACGGUAACCUUUUGUGAAUCUACAGACUCUGGUAAGACCUUCUAAUAUCACAUAGAACUGCAAGUAUCUGUGAUUACACUCAUUAGACGAGAAUUGUGUGAAUGUCCACACUGUGGGAAAGCCUUCAGGUUCCCUCUAAUCUUCGGGGAUGCUUGUGAGAGCACAGUGAUGUGAAACCCUGAGAAGUUAAGAACCAUGGAAAAGCCUUCCAGUAUUUCCUCAAUCUGGGAGCGCAGACACUGUGGGAAAGCAUAUAAUCGCCCUAAAAUUGUUUUGUAAAUGAGAGCCAAUAUACUGGAGACUAACCCAAAUGGACACAAUUUGGGGAACACUUCCCGUAUAGAAUUUCAUGUAUUUUGUUCAUGACAAUUGUGGCAGGACAGAAAUCAUUUUAUUGUUACAAACAUGGCUUUGUUUUUGCAAGUGCCUCUUCCAUGGUAGAGAUGCGAAGUGUCUUAAUUUCUAGUUCGUGUUGCUGAUACGAACACUCAUGGUGCUAAGUGUCCUUUGUCCUCUACAUCUGUAGGACAUACACUUUGUUGUCUCAGAUUUGAAGUAAUCACCUGGUUAUAUAAAACAUGUUUCUUUUCCAUUACAGUGUCUUUUAAACUCACGUUGAUAAGAACAUGUGUAUGGGAGGGGUGUGUGUGUACAACUUUAUAUAAUUUUAGAAAAAAGGAAAAGAAAAAAACUUGAAGUUCAUAUUCCAAAAAUUUCCCAAUCUGUGAUCAUCACAUGAGACUUUUUGAUUGUUGAAAGUUCUUUUCUGUUCUCUGUUGCUAAUAAUUCUUGACUGUGAAUCGCCUCUAUAUUUUCUAUCUUCAUUAUUGCAAUACAUGUUUUCACAUAA